CGAGGUUUAUUGCUUGUCUGAUUUUUUUGCUGCUUCCAAUCGACAAUGCUAUUUGCAAACGAAUGUGGGAUUAUACGUUAUUAUCCAUUGACGCCAUCUCAGCAGAUCCUAGUAAAUUAAAAAUAGAUGCGCAGGUUGAGCGCAUAAGUCGCACUGAAUUCGGCUUGUCCGUUAUUCUUAAUUUAAACUAUGUUAUGGAUGAAACUACAUUGAUUAAGGCGGUUAUCUAUCGAAGUAAUACAGGCAACGAAGAGGAUUACAUUUUAAUGCCCUGGAUUGUACCUGCUCAGACAUACAAGGAAUAUUCAAAAACUAUUUAUAAAACUAUUAUCUAUACAAAUUUGGCACACUGCUCGAAUUUGCCAACACCCGACAAGGCGUAUCCCAAUGAAAAUGGUACUGUCUGGAAAUUAGAUCGAUGUAUCUUAACUGGAGAAGGUAUGCCCGACUACGUACCUUCCGGUUAUUUUAAGCUGAUAUUUAACAUUACGGGUGAAGUGGCGUGGUCUGCCACACUGACUGCAAAAAUAUGGAUGAAAACUGAUAUAUUUGGCUAAAGCAGCAGAGUGUUUGCAUAUAAAGGUAAAUGUAUGUUGAAUAUCAAA